GCGGGGCGCGGUGCACCAGCGGCUCACAGCCGAGCCUGGCAUGGAGGACCCAAGCGGCCCCGAGCCCACGCCGGGCUGCAGCGGCCUGGGCCCGGGCGGCGGCGGCGGCGGCGGCGCCCACUCGUGGGCCCCGGAGGACGCGUGGAUGGGCACCCACCCUAAGUAUUUAGAAAUGAUGGAAUUAGAUAUAGGAGAUGCCAGCCAAGUUUACAUAGCAUUCUUGGUUUACCUCGACCUGAUGGAGAGUAAAAGUUGGCAUGAAGUCAAUUGUGUGGGCUUACCAGAUCUGCAGCUCAUCUGCCUUGUCGGGACUGAGGUAGAAGGAGAAGGAUUACAGACUGUGUUGCCUACACCCAUCAGUGCGUCCCUCAGCCAUAACAGGAUAAGGGAGAUCUUGAAGGCAUCUCGAAAAUUGCAAGGUGAUCCAGAUUUGCCAAUGUCUUUUACUUUGGCCAUAGUGGAGUCCGAUUCCACAAUAGUCUAUUAUAAACUUACUGAUGGAUUUAUGCUACCAGACCCUCAGAAUAUUUCCCUUAGAAGAUGACACCUAUACUUCCUGAUGCUUACUUUGGGAUUGGAUUUGAGAUCCGUCAGCCUGGUUCAUCCUUUAUCUCAAAGAUAGUUAGGGUUGACUUAGCUGGCCCCAUUCCAUUUUUCUUUUUGAGGAAUAAAACUUUCCCAGAUAGAAUUUUUUUUUUUAUUCCUAAGUAUAGGGUAGUUGCCCUAGAACUCUUAUCUGGAUACAGUUUAAUGAUAGUUAUAUACAGAUUUAUGCUUAGGAUGUAUUCACAGGGGUCAAGCACUUCUGUCCCCCAACUCAUAGCUGCCUCACUGUUCAUUGCCACCACUGCUUAUACAUUACUGAGACUGUCAGCUUUUUCUUAUUCAUCCUACUUAGUGCCUUUUGGCCACUACAACUAGCCUGGAAUGGCCUUUCAUGGACACCUUGACACCUGGAGAGUUUACUCAGUUUGUUUUUAAAUCCCCAGUAGAAAGUAGAAGUUUUCUUUCAGUUGGUAUUUGUGUGACAGUUACUGCUGACUUAAGUCAAAAGUAAAAAUAUGCUCAUUCCAACUAUAAAAUUACAUAUAUGUCUUGAUUAAUAGGGACCAGAGAAGUGCCACCUAUGAGAGUACAGGACCUUGCUGUCCAUUCUUAUUCUAGCUAGAAUAUUAGAUAGUGAGGGACAGUGUCAGCCUUAAAAACAUCUUUGUUAAGUAGACCCAGUUAUUUCACUUUUGUUAAUACCUCCCAAUUAUGUUGCCUAGAGUAUAACAAAUUAUAUGCACAAAGAUAUUCUAAGUGGCAUUAGUUGUAAUAGCACAAAUUGUAAACCACUUAAAAGUUUAAGUCAACAAACUUUUUCUGUAAAUGGCCAGAAGGGAAAUAUUUUAGGCUUUGCAAACCAUAUAGUCUCUCUUAAAACUUCUCAAAUUUGCUAUUUCUAGUACAUAAAUAACUAUAGCCAAAUAUAAAUAAGUGGGUAUGACUCUGUUCCAAUAAAACUUUAUUUACAAAUGCAGAGCCAUAGUUUGCCAACCCCUGGUAUAGGGAAAUAGUCAAUAAACAGAUGCAGAUAGCCAAUAUAUCCAAUAAAUGGUACAUUAUAUACUCAUACAAAUUAGUAAUGAGUAUAAUGAAAAACAUGAGAAAAUAUAUAAUUAAUAAAGCAAGAUAUGAAAGUGUAUGAAUGGGUAGGAUCAUGGAUGUAAGUAAUACACCAAGCAUCUAAUAAAAGGGUGACAAAUUA